AUGGGAAGGAACCGAGUCCAGAAGGUGAUACCGCCGCCGGCGCGGGGAAGGGUAAUUCAACCGACAGCUAGGAAGAAGGAAAAACUGUCCUUAUCUGCGCUUCUCAGCAUGGAUCAGAAACCCGACAAACCCAAUAUUAGCAAGCUCGCAAAACUAAGCCUCAAUUUCCCACCUUUACUGUUCUUAGUCGAGCUGCAAUGGCGCCUCCAAGAGGAAGAUCUGGUGGGUUUAGAGGAGGAAGGGGCGGUGAUAGUGGAGGCCGAGGAAGGGGCGGAGGUUGCCGUGGCGGAGGCGGAAUGA